AUAUGCCCAACUGGAAAGGUGCGAAAAUUUCAGCAGCUUUUAAAGCAUGCGUUAAACUGUAUGAAGAAGGUGAACUGUAUAACUUUCUCCUACCCGUUAGUAAAACAGAGUGCAUAGCGAAGGUAUCUGAGGAAUUGUUUAAAAAUUGGAAAAAGCACAAUGACGAUGUUACUCUUCGACUUGUUGGGAAGAGUCAUCACCGCUUGUAUGAACGUCAAUGCCCUGAAGAAUUGCACGGAGCUCUGCCCCAACUUGGGCAGAAAUCGUAUGCGUACGCAAUACAGUUUUUCACCGAUUUCGAUGUAAAUCCAUACAACGCUCACGUUGUAAAAUAUCUUAAUAAUAAGUCCACUUAUGCAUUAUUGCUUUCGAAAAAGUUGCCAUUAUUAGCGGAAAUGCCAUUAUUUAUGUCACAGGGCAAAAUACGCGUUCGCAUUUCUAAUCAGCCGAGAGAAUUUGUAGUGCAAACAAAUCAACAGCUCAAUACGUUAAUAAAUUUUCAUACAAUGAUUUUCAAAGAUUUGCUUCAACUUUGGAAAGAUUUUCUGGUCAUUGAUCGUCGCAAUUUGGAAAAUUCAUAUUUAAUAGUGCCUUUGGAUUCUUCUCAAUCAAUUGAUUGGCAAUUAAUAGAAAGCUUCCAAAGCUUAGAUCCAGCAAGAUCUUAUUCUGUGAUAGAGCGCAAACAGAAUGUAUACCGUCCGGAGAAUUUCCUUGAUAAGGUCGUAACUAAAUGGUAUAAUAAAAAUGAAGACGAACAAUUUGUUGUUGUUAAGAUACGUCAGGACUUGAAUCCUUUAAGUGAUUUCGACAAUAAUCAAUUCAAAAAUUAUGUGGAAUUUUAUCGAGCACGAUAUAAUAUCAAUGUGGUAGAUUGCAGCCAGUUUCUGCUAGAGGUAAACGCUAGCGUACUUGAGAUUUGAACCCUCGAACACUAUGACUUACGAUUUGGGAAUCGCGGUUCUUACCUUCUAGGCUACUCAAUUUAAAUUCCUUGUAAGUCCGCAUUUCUCCGCAAUUCUUAUAUACACCUUGCACUUUAUCCAAUGCGCAGUUUUAAUUACUACUUGUAUGAUGCAAUAGAAGCCCUUGCGUACCCGUUUGAAUUACUUCCCUAAUAAAUUUAAAAAAUUUAAAACAAAAACUCGAAUGCUCUAUGCAGGCUGUACCGCUCUAAGCCUGCGAGGUCUAAAUAAAUAUCACAAUGGAUUUCUUAUAUUAGCUGCUUAUGGACUGUCGUCUUCCAACUACGAUUGUCACGAAAGUCAUGCGAUUUUGUAAUCGUCUACCAGUAAAGUCAAAAGGAAGCGAAAAAACUCGGCGGAGUAAAUAAAUGAUACGCAUGCGUGAUUGCCGGCAAUUUUGGAGCAAACGACUUUCAGUUCUCUGGUGUCUUUCAAAAGUGCGGCUUACAUAAAAUUCGACCUAAAGAUAUCCUUAACUUUCAAGGCUCCCGGGCAGGUCCAUGAUUAACCCAAAGCUACUUGUUUCACCUCAAAUCGCCCCAACAUAUGUACAUAUGUAAAUGUCUUAUUUAGUAAUAGUUUGGCCUUUAUUUAGACGGCUGCAAGGUAACAACGGCGUUGCUAUCGUCUAACUUCCGCUUCAAAAGAUGUCAUUAAUGAAAUAUUUACAAAUAAAAUAAAAAGUAUGGCGUAUGCGUUGUCUGUUGGCUGCUUGUAAACAUAUUUCGUAUUAUUAACUGAUGAACGGAACAUAUUAACAUAACUUAGCUUGGGUGUG